AUGGCCGACAAGUGUAAUUUCGAUCUCUACCUAGCUGUCGUACAUAUCAAAGAAGAGGGUAUGUUGUAUCAAGACAGAGCUAGAGCUACCGAUAUCCCAAAGACUGGUUUUGGAGAAGCUGGUAAACAAUCGUACGAUGAACCAUACUACAAGGUCAAGUUGGAUAGUAUCACAGCGUUGGUUAAAAAGCUUGGAGGUGACUUUAACCCAAAGGUUGAAACUGGUGAAUUAUUCCCCAAAGGUUCGCUUGGUACUUACUAUCUAUAUCGUAGGGCCCUCGACAAGAUAGAGCAUAGUUUAGAUGAGAAAAAGUAUCAAAAAGAAAAUGAGAGAUUAGAAGGAAACGACAUGAUGACAACACCAACACCAACAAAUAUCAUGAUAAAUAAUAAUAUUAACGUCAACAAAAGUAAGAAAAUAGAUUUCAUCCUUUCCUACAACCCUGCUACCUACACUUUAAAAUCCUGCAAAUGGAGUCAUGAAGUUUGGAUGGAAAAGAUAAACAAGAAGAAAAGAUAUUUAUACUUAUGCUCAACCUCAUCUCAACACCAAACUGAAUAUCCUAUUCACCAUAGUACACCAACAUGUUGUAAUAUCUAUUGCAAUGAUUUGUCAAGGUUCAAAACCAAACUUUCAUAUCACCAACACAACAUCCUCCUCUUACCUGCAAUCAUUGAUUCACCUGUUGGCACAUUGGAUAGGUUGGAUGUAAAUAGAUUGAUUUGA